AUGGUGCUCUCUGCCAAGACGGAGAAAAUGCUGAAUGAUAUCAGCAAGGCCAUGAUGGACGAAGGAUCCGUCACACCUGUUGGUAUGGCCUGCAUGGCCUUUGUUGGAGCGAAUGUGGCGUACCGUGUCUCAAGAACCCUCAAGAGAGAUGCCCAUGGUGGCACUUUCACUGAUUUUUUCACAGGCAGCUUCAAUCUCUUGUCCAACAAGGAAUCUGUCUUGUCCCGUGACAAGGUCAAGGAUUCCAUCGAUGGCUAUGAGAAUUUGUUCGAUGGAGCCCGCAAGGAAACUGGCAAAAUCCACAGUGAUGACAGUAUCAAGAAGCGAGAAAAAGAGUACAAGACCAUGGUGGACAGCUUCUAUAACCUGGUCACUGACUUUUACGAGUGGGGCUGGGGACAGUCUUUCCACUUUGCUCCUCGUGUCAAGGGUGAAACCUUCAUUGAAUCCAUCAAGCGUUGUGAGUACUACUUGGCCCUUCGCGCUGGAAUGGGCCCAAAAACCAAGGCCAUUGACGUUGGCUGUGGUGUUGGAGGACCCAUGCGCAACAUCCAGCAGUUCACUGGAUCUGAUAUCACUGGUGUCACCAUCAACGAGUAUCAGGUCAAGGUUGGCAAUGAAUAUUGCCAACAAAAAGGAAUUGGCGAAAAGUGCCGUUUGGUCCAGGGAGAUUUCCAGAAGCUGGAUGAAAUCUUUGAGCCAGACACGUAUGACGUCGCAUUUGCCAUUGAGGCCACUUGCCACAGUCCUGACCGUGUCAAGUGCUUUUCUGGAGUCAACAAGUCCUUGAAGAAGGGAGGUAUUUUCGUUGGCUAUGACUGGGUUGUCUUGCCAGAAGGCGGAUUUGACAAAAACAACAAAAGGCACCUGGAAAUCAAGGAAGGGAUUGAAGUUGGAAAUGGGCUGCCUACUCUUGCCACCUCCGCAGAUGUUGUAAAGGCGUUGGAAGACUCUGGAUUCGAGGUUCUCGAACACUUUGAUGCCAACAAGAGUGUCCAUAGUCCCAGUCAAAUUCCCUGGUACGAUACUUUGAACGGCUCCUAUACAAUCAAGGGUUUCCGCAUGACUCGCUUGGGACGCAUUUGCACCCACAUUCUGGUCAAUACGCUGGAAUUCCUAUGGAUCGCACCCAAAGGAACAGUCAAGGUCAGCGCUCUUUUGAACGCCACUGCCCUUGAUCUUGUGGAGGGAGGCAAGGACGAGAUCUUCACACCUUCCUAUUUCUUCAUGGCACGCAAGAAGUAA